AGUCCAGGAAGUGAGUCGUGUUUUAAUGGCGGGUUACUUUCGCUUGUUUUAAUAAAGACAUGACCGUUCACUUCCUCGUUAGCCACGCAGCUCUGUGACCAGCAGCAUUAGCUUAGCAUCUCCGGAGUGUAGCAGGUGACCAGGAACAGACCAUCAUGGGCUUUCUUCUGUCCAAAUCCAUGGACGCCAACUUUAAAAAGCAGCAGGAAUUCAUGCUCCACAAUGGGCGGCUGCAGAUGGAGCGUCAGAUCCUGAUGCAGAACCAGAUGAGGGAGAGACAGAUGGCGAUGCAGAUCGCUUGGUCCAGAGAGUUUUUGAAAUACUUUGGUACUUUCUUCACAGUGGCCACAGUGGGACUGGCUGUAGGUGCCGUUAGAAGAAGGAGGCCGGCGCUGUUUGCCCCCAUCGUUCCCCUCAGCUUCAUAAUGGCCUACCAGAUGGACAGCGCCUAUGGGACGUUGAUUUACCGUAUGAGAGGGGAGGCUGAGGGCAUCAUGGCGUCUGAACGGGACCGUCUGGCGUUGCCUCAGGGGACCCCGACCUUCGACAGCAUAGAGAAGGCCCGCCGCGCUCAGAGCAGCCUCACCUCCCUCCUGGAGAGAUGAUGUGUUGGAAGUUUGAGAGAAAAUCAGAGUCGUCCUGUCGGUGCAUUCACCAGAGUUGCUUUUCCAUAGGUAUGAAAAAACAAACUAUUCAAUAGCAACCGCCUUUUUCUUUUUAAGUUAUCAAGUCCUUGUUUUUUACACUAAAGCUUCGUCAAGGUUCUCACGUCAAAUCAGUGUUAUAUUCUGUAAAUGACUAUAAAAGUAUGAUCCUUUAUUUAUUAUCAGUUUCGGUUUCUUCAAACAUCUAUUUUUCAUAUAACUCAGAGUAAAGCUUCAAAAGCUGCAUGAAGUAAUUUCUCAACACUAGAGGGCAGAAAGUCCCCAAAAUUCAAACUCGGUCAAGAAACUGCUCGACUCAAACAGUCGUGAAAAUGUUAAUGUAAAAAAUAAUUGAAUGUAGCUUUGAUCGUGAUGACGAAGCAAACAUUUGUCCCGACAACAGGACAGAUUUUAAUAACUCCGAAUGAUACUGAUGAAAAUCUUUGUCGUAAUAAUUAAGAGACAAGUUAAUUUGCCAAAGUUGAAUGUCAGUGUUAAGAGUUUUAUAUGAAAGCUUUAUUUAACCCUGGUGCUCCUGUAUCGUCUAUUUGAAUCAUCAUGGAAACAUUAAAUGGAUGUAAAAUGUUACACGGUGCUGAUAUUCAUGCAUUAUGUAUUGAUAAUUGAAAACAUAUUUGUAAAAACAAAUGAAUAAAAACAUGGAAGACAA